CCACACAGGGACAUUAAAGCAACGCUGCCCCGGAAAUCUUCCGUGUGUGGCGGCCUUGCUGCACUGCGUUUUCACUUUCACUUACAGUCGCAUUAAGGCUCCUCGAUUGCUUUCACAGUCACACUGUGGCAGGUUGCGUUUGCCAUUUGGUUACAGUGAACAGCUGAGCAGGAUUUCUGCACAUCCAAAUGCAUACAAAUCGACGCUGCUGAACGUAACCAGACUACUGUAAAGAGACUGAAAUUUACCAUAUGUAAUCUGACCAUGCGUUCACAUCCUGUGCCGUAAUGAAGCGUGGAUGAACCGCGUUAGCGGUACUGAACACCACUUAGCGAGGGGUGUAUUUUUCCAUUCCUUUUCAUGAAAGGAAAGAUAUUCUUAGAAUAACAAACGGAAUGGAGACUAUUAAAAUCACCAUGGAAUCCAAAGGCAUGGCUGCUAACCUGCUCACUGCACUCCAUUCCCUAUAUGAGUUUGGGUAUCUGUGUGAUGUGAUUGUACAUACAGAACAAAAUGGCGUCCAUGAGGAGUUUUCAGCCCACAGAGUUGUCCUGGCAGCUUCCAGCAGUUAUUUCCGGGAGCUGUUUCUAAGCGAGGAGCUCUCUGGUGACAAAAUGACCACUGUGACAUUGCAUGAUAUCGGCACUGAGGAUUUUGCUGCCUUUCUGAAAUUCAUCUACACGGCUAGAGUGGAGAUUUCACCAGCUAAACUGCUGGGAUUAAAAGAAGUGGCAGAGAAGGUAAACUGCAGUGAUCUUCUUGAGGCUUGUGUGGGCUCCAUUUCUGGUCAGUGUUUAGGGACCAAGUCGGAUUUAUCUCCACCAGGUAUUCUUUGGAGAUCCAAGAGCUCAUCCUUAGACCAGGCCUCAGACACAAAGCUCAAAGAAGAUGGGGAGCUCCGUAAGAUGGUCUCACAACCAUCUGCGCACACUGCAGAAAUUAAAGAGAAGGACAGUGACAUGAAGGGGUGUGAUGAUUCCCAAAAUAAAACAUCUUUGAAAGACCCAGUUGGGUGGGAAACAAGGUUGGUUGUCAGAAAGCCACAGCAUGAGGAAAAGGAGUCCAGCUGUGCAGGCGGGAAGCCUCUCAGAAGGGUGCUGAAGUGGCAUGAAGAAACCUAUGUCUGCGACAAAUGCAGUAAGGAAUUUAACUCUGUGAAGCAGUACCAGAGGCACAUGAGCAGAGAGCACAAGGUCAGCGUGUUAGUGAAGUACAGCUGCGACAUGUGCAACCAACUAGUUUCAAACCAUCAGAACCUGCGGCAGCACAGGAUGACGGUCCACAGCAACGAACGCCUGUUUGCGUGCACCGUUUGCGACAAGAGAUUCAAACGCCCCAAAGACAUUAACGACCACACCAGGAGGGUCCAUGAGAAAAAGAGAAAGCCCCAGGUCUGUCCUUUCUGUCACAAAACCAUCAGUUCAAAGGGUGGACUCACCGUCCACAUCAGAAUUCACACAGGAGAGAAACCAUACAAGUGCACAGACUGUGCUGCCAGCUUUGCGCAGAAAUCUUCCUUCAACACACAUGUGAGGAAAAUUCAUCUAUGUGCUAAAGAGCGGAAGUCCAAACCUGUUUACUGGAAACAUGUUCUUUCAAAUGAGGAUGAUGCAUCAGCCAAUAUUUUACAAGAUGAUGGACAACCUGUAAACGAUGAAAAAAUCUAUGACAUAGCCGAUAAGAAGACUGUUGUCUGCAGUAAUGAGACACUUGGUAUUGAAGAAAAGUGUAGUACACCAUCUACACAAAAAGAGAGUACUAUAAAGGAGGCAGAUACAACAAAAGAUACUGAUUUACACUGUAAGCAUGAGAGGAAAACAGACGGCCAGACAGAUGUGAGGGGGACAGGUGUUGCAGAACAUGCAGUAAAGUUGUAUAAAAAUGGGGCCCACGGUGAUGGAGAGAGUGGAAAUCAAAGUCCACCUGAACUAAUAGAAGGGGGAAAUGGUGAGUGUGAUGUAAAUGAUGAUCAUGAUGAAAGAGAAGAUGUUGAUCCUUCCUGUUCUGGGUCAGAUUUCGAGGAAGAUCACAAGGAGGAUGAGAACAGCAGUGAAGAGGAACAGAAAAAAGAGUCAGAGCCCCUGGUCCUGAAAUCCAAAAAAGAACGGUAUGUCAUCAAAUGUGAUAAAUGUGAAAGCCAGUUCACUCUGAGGAGGAGGUUUGUGGCUCACUACCUGGAGGUUCAUCAAUGCCAACCGGAGAAAUUCUACAAGUGUGACACCUGUGGAAGGUCCUUUGCCAACUACAGCUGCUGGAAGGAACAUCGGGCAUGCGUUCACACAGAGGAGCGCCAGUUCGCUUGCACCCUCUGCGGUGCCACCUUCAAGCGUAAGAGGGACGUCCGCGCUCACUAUGUGCGCAAACAUGAAGGCCGGGUCAAGAGGCCGCUGUGCUCCGUCUGCGGGAAGAUCCUGAGCUCCCGAACAGCUCUCGUCUUUCACAUGAGGACUCACACUGGAGAGAAACCAUACCAGUGUUCUGUGUGUAACAGCAGGUUUGCUCAACCAUCGCAGCUCAAGAUCCACAUGAGGUGUCACACUGGAGAGAAGCCAUAUAUUUGUGAGGUGUGUGGUAUCAGUUUCUCUGACAAAGGCAAGCUGAAUGGCCAUCGUAGGACUCACACAGGUGAGCGACUAUAUAAAUGCGAUGUGUGUGAGAAGAGCUUUUCUACGAAUGAAUACCUAAAAUGUCACAAAAGAUGCCACAUGGGAGCCAAGCCUUACAAGUGUGAAGUCUGUGGGAAAGCAUUUGGUCUUCGUGCAUCUUAUGUCCAGCACAGCAGAGUGCAUUCAGAUACUCGUCCUUAUUUCUGCGAGCAGUGUGGGAAGACAUUCACUCAGCAGGGAGCUCUCCGGCGUCACCAGAGGAUUCACACAGGAGAGAAGCCUUACAAGUGCAAAGCCUGUGACCGUAGCUUCACGGACAUGUCCACUCUGAGGAGACAUGUGGCGGUUCAUGACAGAAAGGCACAGUGGAGAACCUAUGUGAUUGAUCUCACCACAAAAAAGGAUCACAACUGGUCCAAGAUAGAAACAUUUGGAGGUGCCUAUGUAGAGGACAGCCCUGUUAAUCAGGAUUUUGCUGACAUCCUCAAACAAGCCCAUGAAGAACAAGAAAAAAACAAAAAUGAAAAACGUCAUGCAGUUCUCAAACAGAAUUCCCAGUGUUCAAACACUUCAUCCAUGUUUGGAAAGCACUCGCAGCGUUACCUCACAUUACCAUCUCCAACAUGGCUGCUACAUAAAGGCACCAAGGCGUUCUGGGUGCAAUUUUUACAGGAAAUACACUUAAUGGUAUUGCUGAAGAUUGUGAUGGGCUGCCAUUUUACCGAGCUUACGCAAAACAUGAGCAACACUCUCGUUCAGCUAACUUCAGAGUCCUACCAUAAAAAUGUGCUGAAUGAGAUGCACAGACUGCGGCUCUCAAGACAGUUAUGUGAUGUUACCAUUCAAGUGGACUUCCACGGUGAACUGGAGGAGUUUGAAGCCCACCGGACGGUGCUAGCAGCAACCAGUAAGUUCUUCAAAGAGCUUUUCCUCAGUGAAGAUGAGGUGAACGGGAAAUCUUCCAAAGUCUGCUUGCAGCAAAUGGAAGCUACUGAUUUCACCUGCUUCCUUGAAUUUGUCUACACCUCCAGAGUACAAGUUGAAAAGGGUAGAGUUGGCAACAUACUCGAGAUUGCGAAACUGUUGCAAUGCCAGGAUUUGGUGGAUACCUGCGAGCAGGUGAAUGAGUUGAAACCUGCUGAUUUACAGGAAGCAAGUAGAAUACAAGCAAACAACCUAUCACAAAAUGUCGAAAAUGAAGCUGGCACAAAAGAAGGUUUGCUUCCUCUAAAAGAAAACCCCCUGGAACUGGCAUUAAGUACUGUAGCGACUGGGAAUGAGAAAGCAAAUACGGCACAGAAAAUAGAAAAGAAAAGGGAGCAGAAGAAAGAUGAGCAAAUGAAGAGCAGGAGGUUAAGUUCAAGGCUUGCAGGCCGCAAAGUGUUCGUAGACAUUCCUAAAAAAAAAUAUGUCAGAAAGUUGAAGGACCAGCAGGGGGUGGCAGAUGAGCUGUCAGGCCAACCUCCAACAGUGGACAUUACUGAUAAAACUGGGGUGAAAAAAACGGAUGACAGGGAAAACGGGAAAGGAGAUGUUUGUGCUAACGUUACCGGAGCAGCGGAAGCCGCGGAAGCCGCUGAGAAAUCCGAUGUGGCUGAUAAUGAAGAUGAGGAUCCUGUUGAAGACGAUUUCUAUGAUGUGGACUUUGAGAUUGGUGAAAACCAGAAUGACGGGGACCUGGAAGAUGGUGAAAAGAAGAAGCGGGGUGGGUUGUUCAGGUGUGAAACAUGUCAGCGGGGAUUUAAAUAUGAGAAGAGCUAUCUUAAACACAUCAAAAAGAGCCAUGGUGUAAUGCCGGAAGUAAUCUAUCGCUGUAGUACCUGCAAUCAGACAUUCGCUAACCGUUGCAACCUGAAAAUCCAUGAGCGUCAUGUCCACAGUGACGAGCGGCUUUACCCCUGUGACGUCUGCAACAAGGCUUUCAAGCGCAAGAAGGAUGUGAAGAGGCACAUUCGGCAGGUGCACGAGGGAGGUGGAGAGAGGCACUACUGUCAAAUCUGUGGGAAGGCACUGAGCUCCAAGACAGCUCUCAUGCUUCAUGAGAGAACUCACACUGGAGACCGCCCAUAUGAGUGUCCAGACUGCAAAGCCAAAUUCUCCCAGACAUCCGCGCUCAAGACACACCGCAGAACCCACACUGGUGAAAAACCGUUUUCCUGUGAUGAAUGUGGUGCUCGAUUCACGCAAAACCACAUGCUUGCCUACCAUAAGAGAUGUCACUCAGGAGAGAAACCAUUCAUGUGUGAGAACUGCGGAAAGAGCUUUGCUUCCAAGGAGUACUUAAAACACCACGCUAGAAUCCACACUGGUUCCAAGCCAUUUAAAUGUGAAGUCUGUUCUAGGGCAUUUGCACAAAGAAACUCACUCCACCAGCACAUGAAAGUGCAUACAGGGGAGCGUCCAUACUGCUGUGACCAAUGUGGAAAGCAGUUCACUCAGCUCAACGCUCUGCAGCGUCAUCACCGUAUCCACACGGGAGAGAAGCCAUACAUGUGCUUGCUAUGCCGCCGAACAUUCACAGACAAAUCUACUGUUCGGAGACAUACUAUGACUCAUGACAAGGAAACCCCAUGGAAGAACUAUCUGGUAGUUUUGGAGGGGAAUGUGGAAAGUGGCCACAAGAGAAGAAUGAAACAAGGUAACAUGGAUGUGAGUAAACAGCAGGACAAGGUAGUGCCGAUUUCAGAAGCCAUUGUUAGUCAAAGUGCACUCAGUCAAGCAAAUGUGAGCACAGAAGCUGUGACUGAGCAGGCCUUGCCCGUGUCCAUCGCUGCAGAUUGGAGCUCCAAUGGUCAAGCCAUUGCAGUGGUUAGCCAUGCAUCGCUUGGUGGUUUCACAGUUGUCUCCAUAGAAAAUCCUGUUGCAGUUGCUUGCCCUGUUUCAGUUCCUGUUUCAGUGUGUACCCCCGUCUCCAGUGACAUAACUAUCGCAGCAGAGAUGUCUGAACAGACCCCUGGCAGUUCUUCAAUCCCCAUUACCGCAGAAGCCUCCAGCCUUAAUAUGACUGAGAACAUAAGUGUUGAAGCCAUGGAAAUUUCAUCAGAAAAUGUCGCUAGUUCUUCCCUACAAGAUGCAUAAUGUUUUUGUCGUCGAAGAGCUGUGUUAGAAUAAAUGUUGCAUUUUUUCAUCAACACUCGGAUCAAUUUAAAUUAAAGUUACAUUUACAUUGUUGUUUUGCAUAAUUCCCACCUGUUACUGGUGAGAAACAGAUUUAUUUUUUUGUGGCAUGCAGAAACACCUGCAGUCUUUUCAGUAUUCUCUUCUUGUAAGGCAGUCCUGUGGGUUUUUUUUUCUAUUGUAAAAGAACAACAAUUGUGAUCAACUAAACAUCCCUAAUUUUACCAAAAUAAAAUUAGUAUUUUGUUAUUAUGCUUUUGUUUAACAGACACCUAUUUACAGUGAAAUACCUCUUUGAAGGUUAUUAGAUCUUUACCUGUACUAAACACAAUAAUACUACUAUUUGAUUAACAAAAUAAGUCUACUAAAUCAUAGUGUAGUUAGGCAUUCCCAGUCCCUUAUCACUGGCUUAAUUUUUGAACAAAUGGUGUGUGAUUUUUUUUUUUAAAUAAGCGGUACAUAAUACCGCUGUCUGGAAUCUCUUGAGUUCUGGUUUCAAUUAUAGACUGACUCCAUCUGUGUGGACUUUGCAUGUUCCCUCUGCUAACAUGGAUUUUUUCAGUGUGCUAUAGUUUCCUUCCACCUUCUAAAUGCACUGGCUGGGUUUCUGAAUUCUCUCUGUAUGUGUGUACUAUGACAAGCUCAUCAAAGUUUUAGUCCUGCAUUGCACACUGUGCUUCUGAGAUUUGCUCCAAGUUGCCAUUACCCUCACCGGGAAAAAGCAUCUAAGUGUUAAUAGAUGGUUGUUAAUAGAUUAUACCUGAAAUGAAAGACAAAGGGGGAAAAUAAGGUAAAUAUAUACUAUCUGAAAUGUAUACAUAUGCUUAUGUGUUUUUAGACUUCAGACAAAGAGCUCAUUUGACAUAAGUCUGGAAACUGAAGGAUGUAAACUGCAAAGCAUAUUUCAGUGGGAUCUUUUUUUGUAAAAAAUACUUUACAUGUAAAAAUGUAAAAAAAAAAAUCAAUAAGGAAUCCAGUGUGUGGUGUUGUUGUUGUUGGUAUUUCAUGUAAUAUCUUUUUUUGUAAACUGAUUAACAGUGAGAAAUUAGCUUUAAUCUUUUAAAAAUCUGUCAAGUGCACAUGAAGAGAUGUUUAAAUUAAAUGCUUUAAAUGGCUGUAGUGUAAAUAUUGAUAUUGGAUCUAUGUGUCCACUUCAGUUGAAUGUUAGGUUUCAGUUAAUUCUGACAAGUAUUUCUGGAAAGUAUUACUCCAUUAUAAUGCCAUUCUGUAUUGUAAUUUGAAAAUAAAAAUAAAAUAAGGUACAGAAAUA